AGCCCUCACUGGGCUGCCCUCGGACGGACGGCGGGGGACCUCCCCGGGAAGCGAGCGGAGCGGGCUGUGCAGAGCACGAGGCCAAAGGAACAUGUCUCCUGGAAAGGGCUUGUGGGCCGCCCUGCCAAUCCCUGUGAGACGGGAUGGAGCGGUGACAUUGUGCUGUCACUACUACUUGGUGCUGCGGGCGGUCUCCUGAGGAUGCUUUGUGCCUAAGGCCCCCCAUCGUUCUCAUUGUGCUGAAGAGGAAACAUUUAUUCGAGAAUAUUUACCUAACUUAGAAAAAAAUUUAACUUGGCACUAUGGGGAUACAAGGAUUACUGCAAUUUAUCAAAGAAGCUUCUGAACCUGUCCACAUGAGGAAGUAUAAAGGGCAGGUAGUAGCUGUGGAUACAUACUGCUGGCUUCACAAAGGAGCUGUUGCUUGUGCUGAAAAACUAGCCAAAGGUGAACCUACCGAUAAGUAUGUAGGAUUUUGUAUGAAAUUUGUAAAUAUGUUACUAUCUCAUGGGAUCAAGCCUAUCCUGGUAUUUGAUGGAUGUACUUUACCUUCUAAGAAGGAAGUGGAGAAGUCUAGAAGAGAAAGAAGACAAGCCAAUCUUCUUAAGGGAAAGCAGCUUCUUCGUGAGGGGAAGGUUUCAGAAGCCAGAGAAUGUUUCACCCGUUCUAUGAGUAUCACACGCGCUAUGGCCCACAACGUAAUUAAGGCUGCUCGGUCUCAGGGAGUAGAUUGUCUUGUGGCUGCAUAUGAAGCAGAUGCACAGUUGGCCUAUCUUAAGGCUGGUAUUGUACAGGCUGUAAUUACAGAAGACUCUGACCUCCUCGCUUUUGGCUGUAAAAAGGUUAUUUUAAAAAUGGACCAGUUUGGAAAUGGACUAGAAGUUGAUCAGGCUCGGCUAGGAAUGUGCAAACAGCUUGGGGAUGUGUUCACAGAAGAGAAGUUCCGUUAUAUGUGCAUUCUUUCAGGCUGUGACUAUCUCUCAUCGCUGCGUGGGACUGGAUUAGCCAAGGCCUGCAAAGUACUGAGACUAGCCAACAAUCCAGAUAUUUUAAAGGUUAUCAAGAAAAUUGGACAUUAUCUCAAGAUGAAUAUAACAGUACCAGAAGAUGACAUCAAAGGAUUUAUUUGGGCCAAUAAUACCUUCCUCUAUCAGCUACUAGUUUUUGAUCCCAUCAAAAGGAAACUCAUCCCCUUGAAUGCCUAUGAAGAUGACAUUGAUCCUGAAACACGAAGCUAUGCUGGGCGAUAUGUUGAUGAUUCUAUAGCUCUUCAAAUAGCACUUGGAAAUAAAGAUAUAAAUACUUUCGAACAGAUUGAUGACUACAAUCCAGACACUGCCGUGCCUGCGCAAUCAAGAAGUCAUAGUUGGACUGACAAAACAUGUCAAAAGUCAUCUAAUAUUAAUAGCAUUUGGCAUAAGAACUAUUGCCCUAGACUUGAGCUGGACAUUGUUUCAGAUGCUACAAAGGUGAAGGAAAAUCCAAGUACUGUGGGCAUUGAACUAGCGAUUAGUACUAAAGGGUUAAAUCUUCCAAGGAUGUCAUCCAUUGCAAAAAGACCAAGAAGUGAAGAGCUAUCAGAAGAUGAUCUAUUGGGUCAGUAUUCUACUUCCUUUACAAAGAAGAUCAAGAAAAAUAGUUGUGAAGGUAAUAAAUUAUUGAACUCUUCUGAACGGUUUAUGCCUGACCUGGUAGAUGGAACUACUGUUAAAAAAAGCUUAAGCACACCACCUAGGACAAGAAACAAAUUUGCAACAUUUUUACAGAGAAAAAAUGAAGAAAGUGGUGCAGUUGUGGUUCCAGGAACCAGAAGCAGGUUUUUUUCCAAUUCUCUGGAUUCUGCUGACUGUAUAUCAAAGAAAGCAAGCAGCCAGUCUCUAGAUGAAACUGCUGUCACAGAUAAAGAAACCACUGUAAAUGAAUCAGAUUGUCUAGAUGGCAAGAAGUUGUUAGAUAUCAGUGUAGCACAUAAUUCAAGUGAGCAUAUUCCAGAUGAUGUGACUGUGAUUGCUGAAGAGUCUCAGUCUUUUAAGACCAGCAGAUUCACGAGGACCAUCUCACCACCCACCUUGGGUACACUAAGAAGUUGUUUCAGUUGGUCUGGAAGUCUUGGAGAUUUUUCAAGAACACCAAGCCCCUCUCCAAGCACAGCAUUGCAGCAGUUCCUUAGAAAGAGUGAUUCUCCCAUCUCUCUGCCUGAGAAUAAUGAGCCGUCUGAUGUAUCUCAGUUAAAGAGUGAUGAGUCAAGUGAUGGAUCUCAUCCCUUACAUGAAGUGGAUUGGUCUUCACAGUCUCAGGAAAGCAUGGACUUAUCACCACACAAUUUAAAUACAUCAAAACUUUCUCAGCCUUCUAGUGAGGAUUUAGAUUCAGAGGUUCCUGGGCUGUAUAAAUCUAGUUCUGUGGACAAUCUUUCUACAACCAAGAUCAAACCUUCAGUACCUGCCAGAGUCAGUGGGCUGAGCAAGAAGCCAUCAAGCAUCCAUAAGAGAAAUCAUCAUAAUGCCGAGAACAAGCCAGGAUUGCAGAUAAAAAUCAAUGAACUCUGGAAAAAUUUUGUGUUUAAAAAAGAUUCUGAGAAGCUUCCUUCUUGUAAGAAGCCAGAUCCCCUGUCUCCAGUCAAAGAUAACAUCCAACUAACUCCAGAAGAAGAGGAUAUAUUUAACAAUUCUGACUGUAUGUGUGUUCAGAGAGCAAUAUUCCAAUAAACACAGGCAGCUGGGGAGGCUAUUGCCUGCAAGAGAAUCUCUAUCAAUUUCAUAUCCUGUUUGAGAAUGAUGCAGUUAUCAGUAUGAA